CUGGCUAAAACCAGUGAAAACCGAACGAAAACUCACAGCACACAACGAGGGCUUCGAACUUCGCUCGUGGUUCGUGGUGAGGGUUUGUUUACAGUUGCAGCACCCUAAGGAAGAAGCUAGGUAACGCUCUGUGGUUCUCACUGUGAGAACUGAGAUUCGUAGCAAUCAGCAUCGUUAAUGAAGAGUGAAGAAGAAGAAGAAAACGAUGAGUACAUGGAACUACGUCGUCACAGCUCACAAACCCACCAACGUUACCCAUUCUUGCGUCGGCAAUUUCACCGGCCCUCAAGACCUCAAUCUCAUCGUCGCGAAAUGCACCCGUAUCGAGAUUCAUUUGCUCUCUCCUCAGGGCUUGCAGCCCAUGUUAGAUGUGCCCAUUUAUGGAAGAAUUGCCACCCUUGAACUCUUCCGCCCUCAUGGUGAAGCACAGGAUUAUCUGUUUGUUGCGACUAAGCGAUACAAGUUCUGUGUUCUUCAAUGGGAUCCUGAGACUUCUGAACUUGUUACAAGGGCUAUGGGGGAUGUGUCUGAUCGUAUAGGACGACCCACAGAUAAUGGACAGAUUGGCAUUAUCGAUCCUGAUUGUAGGUUGAUUGGACUCCAUUUGUAUGAUGGCUUGUUUAAAGUUAUUCCCUUCGAUAAUAAAGGACAACUCAAGGAAGCGUUUAAUAUUAGGCUUGAGGAGCUCCAAGUUUUGGAUAUUAAAUUUCUCUUUGGUUGUUCAAAGCCAACUUUUGUGGUUCUUUACCAGGACAACAGAGAUGCUCGUCAUGUGAAGACGUAUGAGGUUGCUCUGAAGGAUAAAGAUUUUGUUGAGGGUCCAUGGUCCCAGAACAACCUUGAUAAUGGGGCUGAUUUAUUGAUACCAGUUCCCCCUCCUCUUUGUGGUGUGCUUAUUAUUGGUGAAGAAACCAUAGUAUUCUGUAGUGCCAAUGCUUUCAAAGCUAUUCCAAUCAGACCUUCAAUUACAAAAGCAUAUGGAAGAGUUGAUCCUGAUGGUUCUAGAUAUUUACUUGGUGACCAUACGGGGUUGCUUAGUCUGCUUGUAAUAACCCAUGAGAAAGAAAAGGUUACAGGACUGAAAAUUGAGGCCCUUGGGGAGACUUCCAUUGCAUCUACAAUAUCAUACCUAGAUAAUGCAUUUGUCUACAUUGGUUCAAGUUAUGGAGAUUCUCAGCUUAUAAAACUAAAUCUACAGCCUGAUGCAAAAGGCUCUUAUGUGGAUGUUUUGGAAAGGUAUGUCAAUUUGGGGCCAAUUGUUGAUUUCUCUGUGGUAGACCUUGAAAGGCAAGGCCAAGGUCAGGUUGUAACCUGCUCUGGAGCUUACAAGGAUGGUUCUCUUCGUGUUGUCCGUCAUGAAAUAGGGAUCAAUGAACAGGCAUCUGUAGAACUUCAAGGUAUCAAAAUGUGGUCACUAAGAUCCUCAACAGAUGACCCUUUUGACACUUUCCUGGUUGUAAGUUUCAUAAGAGAUACGAGAAUCUUAGCAAUGAAUAUUGAGGAUGAGCUGGAUGAAGUUGAGCUUGAGGGAUUCUGUUCUCUAGUACAGACAUUAUUUUGCCAUGAUGCAGUUCACAAUCAACUUGUACAAGUCACCUCAAGCUCUGUGAGACUGGUCAGUUCCACAACUAGGGAGCUACGGAAUGAAUGGCAUGCACCAGAAGGCUUUUCAAUAAAUGUAGCUACUGCAAAUGCUACCCAGGUUUUGUUGGCCACAGGAGGUGGGCAUUUAGUUUACCUCGAAAUUGGAGAUGGCAUACUACAGGAAGUAAAGCACGCCCAACUGGAGUAUGAGGUCUCAUGCCUAGACAAAAAUCCAAUUGGUGAAAACCCCAAUCAGAGUCAUCUAGCAGCAGUUGGAAUGUGGACUGAGAUAAGUGUUCGAAUUUUUUCUCUUCCUGACCUGAAUCUCAUCACAAAGGAGCAUUUAGGAGGAGAGAUAAUACCUCGAUCUGUUCUUCGUUGUGCGUUUGAAGGGAUAUCUUACUUGCUAUGUGCCCUUGGUGAUGGUCAUCUCUUAAACUUUAUGUUGAACACAAGUUCUGGCGAGUUAACAGAUAGGAAAAAGGUCUCUCUUGGGACACAACCUAUUACACUACAGACUUUCUCAUCCAAGAAUGCUACCCAUGUAUUUGCUGCAUCUGAUCGGCCAACUGUGAUUUACAGUAGUAACAAAAAAUUACUGUAUAGUAAUGUGAAUCUGAAGGAAGUGAGUCACAUGUGCCCUUUCAACUCUGCUGCUAUUCCAGACAGGGGCAGAAAGAAGAAAAAGGUGAAGGAGGGGUUGUCCAUGACUGCUUUGCUUCAAUUUCUAUUGUUGCUUCUUAGCUUUGCUUCCCUUGGCCGUGCCGAAGUAAGCAACAGAGAGUUGUUUAAAAUGCGGAUAAGUUGUGGCUCGCUUCAAAAUGUCUCUGAUAUGAAUCGCAUGCGAGCAUGGACUGCAGACAAAUAUUACUCAGGUGGCAUAGCUGCCACUGCAUCUAGGACGAGUGCGAUCACUCCUGUGCUGGGGACUCUGAGAUAUUUUCCAUCAGAUUACGGUCCCAACAAUUGCUACACAAUUGAUAAAGUGCCAAAGGGCCACUACAUGGUGAGAAUUUUUUUUGCACUGAUUGCUCAUAUUGAAGAAGUGCCACAAUUUGAUGUAUCAAUCGAAGGCACUCUAUACUCCUUGAAAUCGGGGUGGAACAAUGCUGCGGACCAAGCAUUUCUGGAAGUCUUAAUGUUUCUUAUGGAGGGGUCGGUUUCAAUAUGUUUGCAUGACACUGGUCACGGAGAUCCCGCAAUCUUCUCAAUUGAGAUACUUCAAAUGGACGAUAAUGCGUAUUUUUCCACACAGGAAAAUCAAGUUUAUAUACUUAGAACAGUUAAAAGGCUGAGUUGUGGUUUUGCACAGUUAAGAUUUCUACCUGAUUACGGUAGUGAUCACUAUGGAGGGGAGAGAUUUUGGCUCCAUAUAAGUACUUUGGAAGAGGAAGCCGGUCUUUCUACAUCUGUUCGUACUAGAAUUGAAAAUGUUAUGCUACCGCCGAACUUUUAUCCAGAAUUUCUGUAUGAAUCAGCACUUGUUAGUACUAGUAGCCAGCCUAGUCUAACAUAUAUAUUGGAUGUUGAAACCCCGGGAAACUAUUCUGUUUGGUUACAUUUUGCUGAGAUUGAUAGUUCAAUCAUUUCCAAAGGUCAAAGGGUCUUCAAUAUUCUGAUAAAUGGUGUUGUUGUAUUUGAAGAUGUGGACAUCAUAAAGUUGACGGGGAAGCAAUACACUGCCCUUGUACUUAAUACAACCGUCACGGUUAAUAGGACCAAAGUUAUCAUAACUUUCAUUCCAAAAGAAGGUUGUCUCGUCAUAGUUAAUGCCAUUGAGAUAUUUGAAGUUAUUCUGCCUGGGGCAAAAACUGUAUCAGAUGAAGUUAAGGCUUUACAAACAUUGAAGAAGGCUUUGGGGCUUCCUCCGAGGUUCGGUUGGAAUGGUGAUCCUUGUCUUCCGCAGCAACAUAAAUGGACUGGAGCAGAUUGUCAAUAUGAUAGAAGUAGCGGUCGUUGGGUCAUUGAUGGACUUGGUCUUGAAAAUCAAGGUCUGAAGGGUUACUUACCAAAUGACGUCGGAAGAUUGAAGAAUCUACAAUCCCUAAACUUAUCUGGUAACCAAAUUCAUGGAUGCAUUCCGGCUUCAAUUGGAACAAUAACUACUUUACAAGUGUUGGACCUUUCUUCUAACUUUUUCAACGGAUCAAUUCCUGAAAGCCUUGGAGAGUUGACAUCGUUACAAAAACUGAACCUUAAUGGCAACUCAUUGUCUGGAAGUGUACCCGAUACUCUGAUUUUUCAAAAUCACAAGUUCAAUUUUGGCAAUAAUUCUGGAUUAUGUGGUAUACCUAGUCUAGUCUCCUGUGUAACUCCUGCUAGUGCUAAAGUUGGUAUGAGGAUAGCAGCUCGAGUCAGUAUAUGGAUAGGAGGAUUUCUACUGAUUAUCGGUUGUAUAGUCUUCUGCGGUUGGAGAUAUUUCACACGUAAGCCCCAAGGGUACGAGAGGGGAAUACAGUUGGGGGACGAGAGUGGAAUACAGUUGGGGGACUUGGGGGACAAGAAUCAAGGUGAACACUCGGAUCAUGAGCCCUUGGUCGAAACACAAGAAUCAACAACAGUUCCAACACAAGAAUCAACAACAGUUCCAAGGAGAUCUGCGAGAAUACAGAAUCAAAAGAGCAAGUAAAAGUCAAAGGAUAGGAGCAUCAAAGAACUUCUUGUGGCAUCUUGGUUUAGUCUCUCUAGGUUGAAACAUGAGCAUCAAAGAACUUCUUGUGGCAUCUUGGUUUAGUCUCUCUAGGUUGAAACAUGAGCAUCAUAACUUCUUGUGACAACUUGGUUUAGUAUCUCAGUACAUUGAAAUGAAUUAGUUUUACUUCUUGUAUGGGUUAGUGGUUAUCAAGGACUGUACUAAUGGAUUAGUUUGACUUCUUGUAUGGGUUAGUGGUUAUCAGGGACUGUACUAAUGGAUCAGUUAUUUGUGUACAUACUCUUUUAAGUACUCUACGCUUCAUUUUUUGAAGCACUUGGUUCA